AUGUCUGACGCAGUGUCCACCGUGUCGCUGCCGUCACCCGCGGCCAGCGUAGCCGAGUCGGCCGAAACGGACACCACCGUGCUCCAGGAGUCCUUUGAAGAAUCCUAUGUGGAGCUCGAGGAGCUCGGUCGAGGUGAAUUCGGCCUCGUCCGACGUGCCUUCCACCGAAAGACUGGGAAGCAAGUGGCUGUGAAGCACCUGCCCAAGACGGCGAAGAGCGCGGAAGAAGUGGCGAUUUUGUCGCAGCUCACCGGCCAUGAGAACAUUGCCCGAUUGUUGAACUAUUUUGAGACGGAGCAGGAGCUUCUUGUGGUUUUGGAGCUUUGCGAUGAAGGGCCACUGAGUGACUACUUGAUCAAGCAUUUGAAGGGCCGACCUCUGAGUGAUGAAGAGCGCGCUGCUCUGUUGCAGCAACUCCUCUUGGCUGUGCAGCAUUGCCAUAAGUCCGGCUUUGUUCACAAUGACCUCAAGUUCGACAACAUCAUGUUGGCCUCCGGCGCUUCGUUGCCGAAGCUCAAGUUGAUUGACUUUGGAAACGCCUCUCGCGCAGAUGCAAAGAGAAAACCCGCCGAUGAUAUUUGGUUCUUGGGCUUGAUCUUCUACCAGCUGAUUACUGGCCAGCCAUUCUUCCAGAUGGACAACGACGAACUGGACUCCCUGGAGGAACAGGGGGUCUAUGUGGAUCCUGGAAGGAUGCAAUGCGAUGCCUACUACGUGCAGCUCCGCCUUUCCAUCGCAAAGCGCUUUGCGAACAGCAUCACUUUGGACCUCAUGUCCAAAAUGCUUCAGACCAAGCAGUCGGCGAGAAUUUCAGCUGCAGAUGCUCUGGAGCAUCCCUUUCUGUUGCGUCUCAAGGAACGCUUGGAAGAGGACACGCCGGAGAUGCGAAAGGGCAGUUUGGAGAGUUUGGGCCAUGCUUCUUCGGCUGCAGAAGAGAGGGUUUUUGGUUUGUUGGUUCGGCUGCGUGUGGGCCUCCCUUAUAGGCCCUCUGGAUUGUGUUUUGUGCCAUUGCUGAUCUUUCAGAUUGGCACCAACAAUUGGCAGCGGCAAGGCGAAUUCGCCCCGGGCAGCGGCAUUCUCCAUGCCUCCUUUCAUCAGACCAUGAACAGUAUGGACGGAGUGAAGUGCUUCUCGAUUUAUCCCAGCAAGGUGCAGACAGAUCCUCAGGAUGAUGAUACCUUUCGCAUUUUCAAGAUCAAGCACGACAUUCCGAUCUGCGAGUCGGUGAGCCCCAACAGUUCUUAUCGCUGGCAUUCCAUGGACGACCGCGAAUACCAAGGCUACUUGGACCGUUUGGAAUCGGAGAUUUGUGCAUUCAUGGAUGCCGUGGAGGCCAAGGAGGGCAAGGAGUUUGACUAUCUCAUCUCCCACCAUGCCUUCACCAAUGCCAUGACCGCGGCCCAAAUCGUCGAGCGGCGGCACAAGGAGGGCAAGACCAAGCUCAAGCAUUUCAAUUUUGUGCAUGGCACGGCCCUGAAGAUGUACAUCAAGGAGAAGGAAGGUGAUCCAGAAUAUCCCAUGCGCUUCCUGACCAAAGCUCAAGGCAGUGGCGUCUUCAAUGGAAUUGGGCAUACCCAGGGUGUUUGGGUGAAUUCCGAGGACUACAUUGGGAAGUUCUUGGAUUGCUUUCCCAGCUAUCCCAAGGGAAACUGUGUCUUCUCGCGCAUCGGCGUGAACCAAAAGAUUUUCUGCCCCAGAGGGACUCAAGUAGCCCAGGACCUGUCGAAGCACUUGCGUGAGGAGGACCGUUGGAAGGUGGGGAGCAUGAAGCGUCUCGUGACCUUCGUGGGGAAAUUCGCCGAUUGGAAGCGCUUGGACGCGGUGCUCUACGCCGCCAAGGAGUAUGAGGCGACGUUCCCGGACCUGGGCACGGCCAUCGUGGGCACCGGGCCGCCGGAGGCGAUCGAGAUGUACGAAGGGCUCUCGAAGUCCUUGGGACUUCAGAGAACCGUCUUCUUGGGACCCAAAAGUCAAGAUGUACUUGCAGAGCUCUUCUCCAUGUCAGAGGUGGGCAUGUUCCCAUCCUACAAGGAGCCUUUUGGAAUGGUCUUCAUCGAGUGCAUGGCCUGUGGCACUCCGACCAUCGGUGCCAACAGUGGAGGCCCCACGGAGUUCGUGAAGCCCGAGCAGGGAGUCCUCGUGGACGAGGAACCUGAUUGGCGAACAGAGGUUGGCAUGAAGAGGCUUGGUUCCAAGGUCGCCGCCCAAGUCACCAAGGCCUUGCAGAUGGAUUGGAAGAAGCGGAUGGGACGAGGUUGCGUCGAUUUUGUGACCACGAACUUCUCCACCUUGGCACAAGUUCGUGGGAUGUUGGCCAAUAUGGAGGAGUGGUCCAGUGGUGCCGACGUGGCGCAAUGCUUCCGCAGCUGUAGCAGCAGUGGCCAGAUCUCCAAGCGGCAGCUGAUGCUGGUGCUGCAGAAAAUCCUUCCAGGACGCCACUCAGCUGCUUUGGAACAAAUGGUGGAAAGCUCUGGCGCUUCGCGUGGUGAGGUGGUGGAUUAUGAGAAGUUCAUGGCUUUCCUGAUGCAGCCAUAG